GGUUCAGGGUGGACCCACUGUUGUGGGCGACAACAAAGCUGACAUUUUUAUCACCAUGCUCCUGCUUGUAUCUAUUGCUUUGCUAGAGCUGCUUCAGCCACUGCUUUACUGGACCACCAUUUGGGGCAGAGUAUCUUUUGUUUGUCAGUAUAUCAGACAACAACAGCCAUUGCGGCAUGGCUUCAGCUGCUGCAUGAUGAGAGUUAAGGAGCUUCUCACCAAGAUCGGUCUGCGUGUGUCGUCAAAUGGGAGCUACUGGCAGGACAUGCUUGGGCAAUACUCGUUGCUUGCAUCAGUCAGCCGCAAUAAACCGAUUAAGCAGCUGGGGAGAAAACGUAGUAGAUUUAUUAAGUGUAUGAAUCUUUUGGACUACAGGGCACUUAAUUUUUAUCCAGCGAUUGCCUCCUUCAAGAAGAAGAACCCUGUAGACAAACCUAUCAAGUUGUCCCCACAAGUGAAGGAGGCAGUUGCCAAGUCCCUGCUGCAACAUGCUGCUGCUGGUCAUGGUAAUCUGACGAACGGAGUGUCAUCAUUGAAGUCCAAUGGAGCUCAUCACCUCUUAUGGGCUUGUGACCCAGACCCAGCUGCACGCAUCUUGCAGAAUCAGACGCCCUCUAUUUUGAUAUGGCACAUCGCGACAUGCUGCUGCGAGAAGAAACCGCCCAACUACCAGCAUGAAGAAGAGCUGAAAAAUUUCCAGGUCGCCACUGCGCUGUCCAGAUACUGUGCGUACCACAGCUUCUUCCUGGGCACCACUAUGACACAGCGUGUGUGCUGCAUGCGGUCGGAGAGGAAUCCGUGCAGUUUCUUCGUGAACGUGGAAAAAAGGAGUUCGACGCCAUGGCCCUGCAAGGCUAUGAGCCACCACCGGAGGGCGAGCCAACUAAGGGCAUAUUCGAGAGUGGCUUGAAGCUGGGGAAGCAGCUGGAGGAGAUGCCAGAGAAGAUGCGUUGGAAGGUCCUGGCCGACUUCUGGCCUGAGAUGUUGCUCUACAUCUCGCCGUCAGACAAUGUCAAAGAGCACAUCCAGCGGCUCGCCAAGGGAGGCGAGUUCAUCACCCAUCUCUGGGCUUUGCUCUCGCACGCCGGCAUCCUUGAGCGUCCGAAGCAGGAGCAUCACCCCGGAAGCAGCGUAUGACCGAAAGUGGAGCGUGUUGCUAAAAGAGGAAGAACGCACAAUUCUAACAGAGUGGCGUGAUGCUGUGCUGGACAAGCUAAAGCAAGUGAAGGCUCAAAAUCUACCUAACUCAAUCUAGCUUUGCUGUCAUCUGGUUUUGAUAGGCGUCUCUUAGUUC